AUGCCUCGAAAGUGGAUCGACAAAAAGUCAGCACAGCACUUUACGCUGGUGCACCGACCGCAAAAUGACCCCCUCAUCCACGACGAAAAUGCGCCUGCAAUGGUGCUCAACCCUACUCAGACCAAGAAGGGAUCUUCCAAGUCAAAGGACUUAGAUGAUCUCGCCUCCGAGCUCGGUUACGAAGCCGAGGGUGUCCGCGCGAAUGAGGGUGAGGCAGCCAGCUAUGGUGUCUACUACGACGAUACCGAAUACGAUUAUAUGCAGCAUCUGCGCGAUCUUAACACCGGCGGCGGAGAGGUUGUGUUCGUUGAGUCUGCAGCCUCCACAAACAAGGGCAAGGGAAAGCAGAAGCAGUCGCUCGAGGAUGCGCUGAAGAAGCUGGAUAUCGAGCAAAGUGCAGAGGAUAUUCUCGACGAAGAUAUCUUGCCGUCCAAGAACCUUUCAAGGGCCACAUAUGAGGCUCAGCAGGACAUUCCCGAUUCCCUCAAGGGAUUCCAGCCCGACAUGGACCCUCGUCUACGAGAAGUUCUCGAGGCUCUGGAAGAUGACGCUUUCGUGGACGAAGAUGAUGACAUCUUUAAAGAGCUAGCCAAGGACGGCCGAGAGCUGGAGGACUACGAGUUUGAUGAGGCAGGGUUUGACGAAGACGAUGGUUGGGAGUCGGAUGCUACAGCAAAACCCACCAAGGAGUUCAAGGACGACGAUGUGCCCCAGCUUUUGAAGCAGAUGGAGCAGCCCGAAGAGGGCCCCUCUCAAGACUGGCUUGAGGACUUCAAGCAGUUCAAGAAGGAACACAAGGGUGCCAAAGCACCUGUUGCGCCAUCGCAGUCCGAGGUGCAGUCGAUGUGGACAACCACCACCAAUGGUGGCCGCCGCAAGAAGAGAAAGGGAGCCCUUACCGACAACUCGAGUUACUCCAUGAGUUCCUCAUCUUUAGUCCGAACUGAGCAGAUGACUCUCUUGGACGCAAGAUUCGACAAGAUUGAGGAGGCAUACAAUGAGGACAUGGACGAUGAUAUGCAAUCAGUAUCUGCUGUGUCCACCAUGUCAACCGUUCAAGGGCCACUCCGCAGUGACUUUGACGGCAUCAUGGAUGACUUCCUUGGAAAUUUUACCAAGCCCGGAAAGAGAACGAAUAAGAAGAACAAGGCCCAAACAGGCCUUGAGCAGCUGGAUGAGAUCCGACAGGGGUUGGGACCUGCUCGAAUUCGGGGUCGCAUGAGUGCGACAUUUGUUGCAUCAUCAAACCAGAUGUUCUCGGCUUUUGGUCAACCAACGCGGAGUCCUUCUCCAGCGUUUAAUCCUUUCGCGACCAAGUCCAAAGACAAAGGAAGCGCAUUCGGUGUUGACGGCGCGAGCGAUUCUUCCAAAACGACACGGAAUAAACGAACAUCGGCUUUUGGUGACCAUAGCGAUAGCGAAGCGAAGCGAAAGGCCAAGACCGGUUUUAAGGGAAAAGAUGCCAAUCUGAGUGACGGAGGUGGUAGGCCCAAAACCCGUAAAGGUGACGACAAGAAGAAGAUCAACGAUUCAAAGAAAACCCCAUUCGGUCCUGCCCCUUCUACCAAGAAACCUGCAGGUCAAAACGCGCGCAACAAUGGCUCUAACCCAUUCGCGACGACGCGUGAUGAAUCGCGACCAACUUCGUCAUCAAGCGUCGACACCCAGGAUUAUCACGUCCCUGAAGCCCUCCAUUCCGACGACCCUCAUGCCAAAAGAGUAUACGAGCAGUUGCGGAAAGAUGGUAUUCACCCUCCUCAAUGGCCAUCCCAACCUGGAAAUCCUAAGAACAAGGGCGAGGUCUCGAAAUUUCGCGAGAAAUACGAAACCUACCGCAGCAAAGCACGCGCCUCACUCACAAAGGCUGGCCUAAUCGACGACCCGGAAAAGCGAAAGACACUUCAAGAUGCGAUCGACUUCAAGGGUAUCUGUGAGGAUAUGUGCCCCGAGUACGAAAAGAUCACGCGAAUCAACGAAAUGGAUGUUCACCAACCAGAGAAAAAUCCCAAAACAACGUUUGCCAACACAAAUCGCAUGAUCAAGAAGCUUGCCCGUUCCGCUGCUGGUCAAGAGGCGCCUCUUCCCAUGGAUGUUCGAUCGAUCCCGGCUCUCAAAAGGACGUUGGACUAUCUUAUUGAUGAUCUAUUAUGUGAAGACGGAAAACUACCAGGCUUGCAUGGCUUCCUCUGGGACAGAACACGAGCGAUCCGCCGAGACUUUACCUUCUUCUCAUCCCUCACACCUGACGAAAUGAAACUGCAAGUCUAUGUUUUAGAGAACAUUGCUAGGUUCCAUGUCACAGCACUACAUCUGCUCACUCAAGAGGGCAAAGCACCCGAAGAUUUUGUGGAACAACAAGAAUUAGAACAGCUUGGAAAGGCUCUGCUAUCUCUCCGUGACGCCUACGAUGACUGUAAUGAUCAAGGCAUCAGCUGCGAAAACGAGCCCGAAUUCCGAGCAUAUUAUCUCAUAUUCCAUGCAUACGACUCAAACAUUAUCGAAACUCUCCAGCGCCAGUGGAAGCCAAAUCUUUGGAGGGACUCUGAUGAGGUUCGCACAGCAGUUUCGCUGGUUGAGGCUCUUCAGAACACCCAAGAUUUCCAUGGACCUCUCAAGGACGCACCAUCAUUAGCUGCAUCAUCAGCAUAUCAAUCAUAUUUCCGAAUUGUCGAGGAUCCCAAAGUUUCUUACACAAUGGCCUGCUUCGCAGAAUGUCAUUUUCCCAGACUCCGCCGUUGCAUCCUAUCUGCUAUAAAACGAGGUCUUGCUCGGCCUCGCGAGACUUCCAAGGACGUCACAGCUGCUGAGUUGAACAAAUUCCUUCGCUUCGAUACAGUUGAGCAGGCGAUUGAAUUCGCAGAACUACAUAAUAUUGAAUUCGGUGAAUGCGAAGAAGAUCCUUCUGAUCUCAGCCGCCAAUACGCAAAGCUGGACAGUCGAGCUUCGUUGCCUCACCUUCGACUGCAGCAUCAGUUCUCUCACAAUCUGGUUGAAAAGAAGCGCGGUUCAAAAACCCUCCCUCAGCUUAUUCACGAGACUGUAUAUCAAGAUACGACUCUUGCCAAACCUGCAACUAACGGAUUUGCUGGAGGAAGUGCUUUCACACCAAGUACUCAAGCUAACAACAAACCUUCGAUCCCAACUGGACCCAAAUCGACAUCACCGAGUCCCUUUACAUUGCCCAGCGCCUCUGGUGGAUCUUUGGGAAAUAAUAAGGCUGUUAACGGCACCUCAGGGACUACAUCCAACGGAACCACACCCACGAACGGCUUUGCUGUGCAACAACCAAUAUCACAGAAAAAUCCUUUUGUUUCAGUCCUGGCUCCUUCAGCCAAACAGCCUGUUGGUAACCCAUUUGCACCAGCCACUUCUGCAUCUACGCCAUCACUACCUGGCAACACCCCUGCUAAAACAGGCAUCGGCUCUCAGCAGACACAGGCUCUUGGAACAGCACAACCUUUAAACCCGUUUGCCUCUUCAUUCAAACUACCAACUACCACAGAUGCACCAGCAACGAGUAGCCCAUUCGGUCAACCUUUCACCUCCGCAAAUCAAGAGACUGAACCGGCAACAAAACCGACGUUUUCCUUCCUGCCGGUCAAACCUAUCUCAGCGACAGAAACCGCUUCUAGUAAGGAGUCGACAGACAAACCACAGAAUGAAUCUACAACAGCAGAGUCGACAAAGCCACCUACCAUCAACUUCACCCCUCCUACCCCUCAACUAUCUUCAUUUCCCACUAGUACUACAAUACAACCACAAAAUCCAUUAACGUCGAGCUCCAGUAACAGCGCAACGCAAUCCACACCCACAACAGGGCUUGGCUUGGACAAAUCUGUACCAAGUAACAAAGAAGUGCCUAAGCCAGCAACAAGCAUCCUUGGCUCACAGCCGCCUGCUGCGUCAACACCUCAAUUCUCGUUCCCAUCCAUUGGAACAUCAGCUUUCUCAGCACCUCCUAAGAGCAGCGAUGUAUCUCAGCCCUCGACGGCCCUGGCACCCGUUCAACCACCAAAAGAGCCCAGCCCUCCUCCAGCACUGCCAGUUCCAGCACGUGAUCUCUUUGGUGACUUCACUAAGUGGUUUGUUGUGGGCGACAACGGACUCAUGGACGAGUUUCAAGCAUUCAUGUUAGACAACAUUCUCCAGGGUGUAUAUCGAAAGUAUAUUCGAGACGAAGAAGCAAAGAGAAAGAAAGAGGAGGAAGAACAAGUCUGUGCAAAGGCGGAGCAAUUCCGUAUCUAUAACCUAUCAGUCAAGUACUUCUAUCGUUGGAAGGAGAUUGCACGCGAUCGACGCCUGAGUCAGCUUCGUCGCAGUGGUCGAGAACAAAUGAGAGCCUACUAUGAGGAACAACGUGCAGCCCAGGCAAAGGUCCAGAAAGACGCUGCUCGUAGAGCGGCCCGUGAAAAAGCUGAAAUCGCGGAAUUGAACCGAUCGGAAGAGUUGAAGGACUUUCUCAAGCACAAAAAGCCCAGCAAACGUCGCCAAGCAGAAGAGGAGAACGCACUACUCGCUUCUGGUGUUUUAUCCGGAAUCGACAACGAACAAGAAGCCAUCACCAGGAUCGUGCGUAGAGCGCCAUCUGUUGCUAGUUCUGUCUCGAGUAAGCAGUCCAGCGCAUCUUUCUCAAGAGGUGGCUCCAAAACCAGGGCUCUUCGGCAACAGUUCGCUGGCGACCAACAAGCCGCAUUCAGGCGCUCACUGCCUCCUAUGGCCUCAAGGAAUACCUCAAGCCCCGAGCCUGGUAAUCGUGUCAGUAGGGUUUCCGAACGCUGGCGUCUCAAAGCUAUGGGUAUUGUUCAAUUGCCAGAUGGCACAGCUGUGCCCGACUCGAUAGCAAAUGAGAUGCACCGCGAUAAAAAAAGGCUUGGAGUUAGUAUGAUGGGGCCGCCCAGUAGCUACCCCAUCCGCCGAGCCUCCGGAGGCGAUUUCGCACGCUCAGAAACACGACCGCGCAUUUCCAGCUCACACGAUACAGCCGACACCAGCGAAUCUGACAGUGGCACCACCAAAAACAAGAGAAAGCGCGCAACUGAAGACGAUGACGAAGCUACUCAAGAACGCCAAGCUAAGUCCAGCUCGCAUAAACGGGUCAUGAGCGAUGCGCAAAAUCUUAUCAACGAACUCCGCUCUAUGAGGGAGGAGAUGGAAGAAGGCGCGACAUGGUUCAAAGAUCAGAACGACAGACUACAAAGCGAGUUGAUUAGUAGAAGCUCAACACCCUGGGAUCAAGAUGCAUGA